UCACCAGCUGGGAUGAUCUCCCAAUUGACGAGCUGUUGGUGGAGGUGGGGAGGGGGUUUGCACUGGGGGCCCUGCAAGGACUUCUCGGAGAUGAGGAGGGGGGGCAGGAGCUCUGCCAGCAGGAGGGGGGGGAGGAGGAGGUGGUGAUGGAGGUUGGUGGGGAGGAGGGAGAGGAGGAGUUUCUAGGGGGGGAUGAGGGAGAGGAGGGGAUUGAGGAGACAGUGGAGGGGGAGGAGAUUGCGGGAGAGGAGGAGUUUGAGGGGAGGGAGGAGGGAGAGGAGGGAGCAGAGGUGGAGCAGGGUCUCCCAGGAGGGGAGGAGGAGGGACAGCAGGCGAGCCCUGCGUACCCUGCGGAGUAUGCUGACCAGCAGGUAGCAUCCUCCAGGGCCUCAGAGGUGGCGCCCUGCCCCCCCGCCGCUGCCCCCCUGGUCUCAGUCCCUCCCCCGAGCAGCCACGCACACGACCAGGGGGACAGCUGCAGGGCGCAGGAGAGCCCCCUCGAGGUUUCCCUACUCGGGGUGGGUUUGUUCAGCGACGACGCGUUCGCACCCCCGGAGAGCACUCCCCCCAGGUUCGGCGUCUUCUCCGGCCCUGACUUUGACCUGGAGGCGCUCCCUACGCCCAGCCCGCGCGCCCCAGGCGCCCAGUCUAGUUCUCCUUGCCCCGCCCCGCUAGCAGAGACAGUAGUUUUGCUUGAGGCACUCCUUGGUAGCGACGUCCUGGCGGCCGUCGCGCUCUCGCCAUCCGAGCAGCAUCUGCUGUAUUCAUUUUACAGCGACACGGAGGAGACGGUCACGAGCGAUGACGUAAGCGAGGGGGAUGAGGAUCAGGAGAUGGGGGGUGUCCUGGUUGAUGAGGAGGUUGGGGACUCCCGGUGGCGGAGGGGGGGCGACACGGCGCUGGUGCAGGCGUGGCUGCAGCCGCAGGAGCCGGCGGAGGACCAGCAUGCCUUCCUGGCAGCAGCUGGCCUCGAGUAUUACUCGAACAUGUCGUUUCUGCGAUUGCUGGGCAAGGGGGGCCAAGGGAUCGUUUGCCUCGCCACUGGCUUCGAUUCUCAGGGCGAGUAUUGCUUCCUGGCCGCCAAGUUCCUGUUCCAGGGCUCAAUGCUGGAGGCGAAGAACCUCAUCCGGUGCCGCGACUGCCCACAGAUUAUCCGCUUCGAGGGUUACACUCUGUAUGAGGGGGCGCUGGGCCUGCUGUUCGAGCUCGCGAACUCCCCCCCGGACUGGAGCGUCGCCGGAGCCACCCCCGAUUUCAACCCCGCCCGCCUGUACGAGAUCGCGCGCUACAUGUGGCACGUGGCGGGCGCGCUGACGUGGCUGCAAGAGCGCGGCUUGAUCCACCGGGACAUCAAACCGGAGAACAUUCUCGCCAAGGACGGGGUCGCCAAGCUGGCGGACUUCGGACUGGUGACUUCAGCCGAGGAGGCGGCACGGGGCGGCGACGGCUACAUCGCCCCGGAGGUCCACGUGGAGCUCUGCCACACCUCCGCCUCCGACAUCUUCGCCGCUGGCGUCACCCUGCACAAUCUGCUGACGGGAACGCAGCCGUGCUUGGAGUUUUCGGACACCGAGGCCCUCCACUCCCAUUUCGACGAAGGGCUGCGGUACACGUGGCCGUCCGAGAUCUACGUGUACGGUUCAGAGCUGGUGGCGCUAGUUGAGCGCUGCUGGCACACGCUGCCCGAGCGGCGGCCCACCGCGGCCGCGCUCCAAAAGGCGAUGUUCGGCAUAUCCCUGAGGCUGAGCCGGCUUCCGCGCGCGACAGCGGCCGCGUGA